UUAUUUCAUCAUCCAUAAAGUGAAAGCUCACGCAUAGAGCCAUAUCGUCCCAAAAAAGAAGAAGAAGCAAAAGUCCAAAAAACACUCUCCUAAACAUUCUCUCUUUGUUCUUUACUCUCUCUCUCUCUGCCUUUCUCUUUGUCAAAGUUCAUGGAUGCUACGAAGUGGACACAGGGGUUUCAAGAAAUGAUAAACGUGAAACCAAUGGAUCAAAUGAUUUCAAACACCAACAACAACACAUCGCAACAACAACAACCAACAUUCAUCCCCACCACAACAAGGCCAAACCCCACCGUAACCAACGGCGGCUCCGCCGGAAACAACAACAACAAUACGGCUACUACGAUGGAAACUAGAAAGGCCAGACCACAAGAGAAAGUAAACUGUCCAAGAUGUAACUCAACGAAUACAAAGUUCUGUUAUUACAACAACUACAGUCUCACGCAACCAAGAUACUUCUGCAAAGGUUGUCGAAGGUAUUGGACCGAAGGUGGCUCUCUUCGCAACGUCCCUGUUGGAGGCAGCUCAAGAAAGAACAAGAGAUCCUCAACACCUUUAGCUUCACACUCCAACUCCAAGCUUCCAGAUCUAAACCCACCGAUUCUUUUCUCAAACCAAAUCCCUAAUAAGUCGUCAAAGGAUCUCAACUUGUUGUCUUUCCCGGUCAUGCAAGAUCAUCAUCAUGGUAUGUCUCAGUUUCUUCAUAUGCCCAAGAUCGAGAACAACAAUACAUCAUCCUCAGUCUAUGCUUCAUCGUCUCCUGUCUCUGCUCUCGAGCUUCUAAGAUCUAAUGGAGUCUCUUCAAGAGGAAUGAACACCUUCUUGCCCGGUCAAAUGAUGGAUUCAAACUCAGUCAUUUACUCAUCUUUAGGGUUUCCAACAAUGGUUGAUUAUAAACAGAGUAACAAUAACCUUUCAUUCUCCAUUGAUCAUCAUCAAGGGAUGGGAAAUAACACCAUCAACAGUAACCAAAGAGCUGAAGAUAAUCAUCAAGGGAUGGGAAACAACACCAUCAACAGUAACCAAAGAGCUGGAGAUAAUAAUCAUCAUCAUGCUGAUGACAUGAAUGGAGCAAGUAGGGUUUUGUUCCCUUUUUCAGACAUGAAAGAGCUUUCGAGCACAACCCAAGACAAGAGCCAUGGUAAUAAUACAUAUUGGAGUGGGAUGUUCAGUAAUACAGGAGGAUCUUCGUGGUGAAAAAGGUUAAAAAGAGAUCAUGAAAUUAUUGGCUUUUCUUCUCUUUUUUUCACCUUUUUAACUCCUUGUUUAUUAUAUAUUUACUUUGAUGAUCUUUUGUUCUUUCUCACAUGGGGUACUUUAGUUAAAGUUGUCAGGACUUAGUUUAUAGAUUGUCUUUUAUAUUCCUUUCUUUCGGGUGUUUUAAAUCGUAAUAGUGUGUGGUGAUAAUUUUCUUUCGUAUUGAGGAGUGAGUGCUGAGGGAUAUCGUACGAGGGUAGAAGAAUAAGUGAAUAUGAGGGGCAUUGUGUGUAACCAGUGAGAUCUGUAUUCAUCAUUUCUUCUAUUUGCAGAAGUAUUAAUUUGUGUAAUUCUUUCGUCUUUUAUUUUAAUCAGUUUAAUAUAUAUAUAUAUUUUAGUGGUGUAAACAUAAAGUUUGGUACAUUUUUAUUUUGGUUGAGUGA